CUGCUACUUUGAUUCACUAAUUCGAAUGGAAAAAUAAAAAUUUGUUGCAUUCCUUGUAUAUUUGAAAAAGGUCAAAAAGCUGAAUAUUUUCGUAAUAUCAACAGAAAAAAAAAACAUUGUGUAUAGGAUUUCUGGAAAAGCUCGGGAAAAACUCCUAACAAACGCAUAUUUUUAAUCUAACUAGUUAAGGGAAUAAUCUUUUGUUGAAUUUACGAUUGAUAGACUAUUUAAUAAAAAGAAAGUGUGUUAAUAAAAAUGGAAAGCCUUGAAAAUAACUACAAAGAAGAAACAACAUGGAGACGUGUAACAUUUGAAAAAUUCCAUUCACCAGUUAUUAUGGAGUCAAUGUCAUGAUUGGCCGGAAGAAUUGGGUGAAGGUAAACGAGUCAUUUAACUCAUUGAAAUUUGAUGGUCAAAUCAACACGUUAUAGUGAAGACGUCUGUACUAUAUGUCAGUUGUGAAUUUGAACUCGAGGAGGAUCUCAUCGAGUUUCUCCUUUUUUAUGACUCAUUACUCAUGUGUAUUUUUGUCCUCUCAAAAAACAACUAAGAGAAAAUCUAUAUUAAACAAUACAUCCAUAAACAAAUGUGAAGUGAUUGUGAAAUUUUUUUUUUAUAAAAUACAAUCGCCAAUUUUGAUUUGGAUGAUUUAAGCUACUGAAAUCAUGACGAUUCCAUUAAUUUCCACUUGUAGGAUAACAAUAACUUUGAAUAUUGAAGAAAGCGAUUCAGCGAGAGACGAUAAAAAGACUUGUGGAUUUCAUUUAACGAGAUCUAAAUGGGAUCCUUAUCCCUGGAUUGGACAUGUUGAACCCGGAAGUAUUGCUGAUAUAGCUGGAUUGAAAACUGGCGAUUGCCUUUUACAAAUAGAUCAAGUGGACAUUGUAGGUCUUCGAGUGCAAGAGAUAGCAUCAUUAAUCAGGAAAGAAUCAUCAGGAGGAGUGAUAAAUCUUCAGGUAUGGCGUAGCGAAGGAAACGACAGCCAGACGAGAAAAAAAUUGAAUGGCACUGAAGGCGCAGCUCUCACAGGGCCACUUCCUAUUUUAAUCAGGAAGUUUUUAAAGGCUGUAUCCGCGAUUGUUAAUAUAUUGGAGUGUCCAGUCUGUCUGGAAACUGCAGCAUCUCCUAUAUCUCAAUGUGUCCAUGGGCACAUAUUGUGCUCCCCUUGUCGAACAAAAACAUUUCGGUGUCCUGUAUGUCGAGUACGAUUGGGUCAGGGUAGAUGUCUCAUUGCUGAUGAGAUCCAACGGAGUAUCAGAGAAGCUUUCGAUGAUGAUCAUAGCAAAAUCCCUGUCAAUGAAUCAGUAAAUAUUCCACCUAAUCACUCGUUGAAGCAAAAGUUAUUCGGCGUUAUUUCGUCAAAAUCAUAUGACGAGCCUGAGAACUACAUAAAGAAAUACAAGUCGCAAUUUUCACGGUUGUUUAGAGGUGGAUUCGAUCGAGCAGUGUCAGCGGAUAAUUUAACGAUAAAUUUUGAAAAUUUUAUUGAAAAGGAUAAAAGUCAGACUCAUACAGCACAAGCGGCAUUCAAAAGACUUGGAGAAUUGACAAAAGCAGAUCGGACUAAAUCCGCGAGUACUGGUGAAUUACGUGACAAUAAAAGAGUCUUGAAAAAUAAUGAAUCGAGUGGAGAACUCAAGACGUCGCAGUCAGGACAGUACCUGAAUAUCCCCAUGACCCCGUCGUGGGGUGGAUCCAUGGAAUCUCUACCCAGCAAUAAUCUCUUCGUAUGUCCAUUAUUUAUCCAGAGUGACUGCAGAGAACCAUUGACUCAAGAUCGACUUGCAGACCAUCUGGCAAUUGUACACAAUUGCAAAAACCAAAUGCAUUUGUACGUCAGCAGUGCGACAAUAUCAGUAUCUCCAUCAACCGACUCUAAUCCAAUCUUUAUCUUUCAUCAUGCUGGACAGCUUUUUAUUUUUCAGUACGAAAACGGAAUGGCUUGGAUGAUGGGUACUGGAGAGACUCCCAUGAAAUGGCUUUUGAAUGCAUGGACAUCUGAUAAAAAAGAGUGGAAACUUCAGCGACAAGUAUUGAGAACGAAUGAUGCAAAUCUUCAGAAAUAUUCAUCUCAGCAAGCACAACUUCCGGUGGACGCUAUUGACUCUAUUCGCAUUGAAAUAACUCAACUACAAUCUGAGCAACUCUUAUAAAUGUCUUUCAACAUUUCCACAAUAAUUAACUAACAGGAAAAUUACAGUAAUUUCAUUUACACAACUGAUUUAUAAAAAUGAAAAAAUCCUGUUCUAUUUAUUGUAUAUAAAUGAAAGAACAAGGAAUCCAAACAGUCAGAAUACAAUACAUUUAAAAUAAUAAUUAUUAUGGUAAGGCACUGGGGCUUUAUUAUCAAAAUUGGCAUAAUAACCAGACGUACACGUAAAGUCAAUCGUUUACGAUAAAAUUAAUAAUAAUUAAACCCUAAAAUGGGCGGCUUGUAUUUUCUAAACAACUUGUAAAACGAACGAAGGGAGAUAAAUUUCUCGUUAAAGUACAAUAAAAAAUAAUCAUAAAA